AGGCUGAACAAAUUUGCCCACUACGAUAAGUAUUUAGGGCGGUAUUGAUUUUACUGGUUGGAGUUUCAAAGUUCAAUAUCUUCACUAGGGUACUGCAUUGAACACCUGUGCUAUGAUGUCUCAGAUUUGAGCAGAAAUCACCUCUCUCUUCAAUUGGGAUGAUGAAAUUGUGUGUGUGUGUGGUUUGAUGCUGAUUAUUAACAAUGCGUGGAGUAACAAAAGCAGUAACAAUGGCAUGGUGGACGAUUCUUUCGUCAUGUUUGGUGUUAAGCAACUUUUAUGCUGCUGCACAGACAACUCCUGAGCCUUGUCCAGUGGGAUAUGAAACUGGAUACAAUGAACAAUGCUACUUCAUAUUAGAAGGAGGAAGUGAGAAUUAUACAUCCUGGCAAGUAACUAGGGAGAUUUGUCGCCAAGGUGAUGUCAAUUCCGAUCUUUUGAUGAUUAACAAUAAUGAUGAACUUCAGUACAUCAAAGGAAGAAUUGCAUCCUUAACAUCUGAUGUUUGGUGGAUAGGUUAUUCAGAUCUUUCUGAUGAAGGAAACUGGAAAUGGUUGGACUGUAACAAGUCUACUACUUGGCAAGAGUCACUUUGGGUAACCCAAGGCAGUGAAGAUUGUGCUGGAUACCAGCGAACAACAUCAAAAAUAGCAGAUUACAAUUGCAACUCUCUGCAAGCGUAUAUCUGUGAAAUAUCCCCAAAAGGAUUUACAGUGGAUGAUACCAACGUGCAGAAGGUUGAUGCUGUGGCAGUCAACAGAACAGCAAUCCACGUUCAUUGGGAGGUCUCUCCUUACAACUGUGACAUCACUGGAUAUACAGUCCUCUACCAGCAAUACUCUGACACAAAUAUUAAUGGAUCAAUUCAUGUCUCUGGGGGCAAUGCAAGCAAAGUGGUCUUGACUAACCUUGCCACAGAUGUCAUGUGGAAAGUGUUUGUGGCAGCUAUACAUAGCUUAGGUGGAGAGUUAGACUUCAUUGGACCUGCACAAGUCUGGCUAGGUUCCUGUCCGGAGUGGCACCUACCAGGCUUUAACGGCACAUGUUACUGGUUCUAUUACACUCCUAAUGGAGAAAACUGGUUUUCCUAUGAAAGGUCUUCAUGUUUAGACCGAGGAAGUGAAUUGCUUAUCAUCAGCAGUCAGGAAGAACUGGACUACAUCUUGAAUCAAACGGAAUCCUUGGCACCAGGCCAAGAAUGGUGGAUAGGUUACAGUGAUGUGACUGUGGAGGGAACAUGGCGUUGGAUGGAUUGCAGUAGUACCGAUGACUGGCAGUCAACUCUGUGGGCUCCAGGGGAACCAGCCGAAGUCGAAGAUUGUGCCACAUUGAAGGGGGAUUCGGGCCACAUUAAUGGUCACCGUUGCGACGAAAAGUUCUUCUUCAUUUGUGAGGUCACACCAAAGGAUUUUACAGUGGUUGACACCAACGCUCGGAAUGUUAAAGCUGUUGCGACCAAUGAAACAACUAUUCAAGUGACAUGGGAGGUGUCACCAUACAACUGUGAUAUCAUUGGAUAUAGAGUCUACUAUCAACACAAUCAAGAACCAAAUGAUGCAGGAUGGGUUCAAGUUUACAACGGUGGUGCCAGUAACGUGACACUGUACUCGCUAACAACCAACAGCCGAUGGGAGAUUUAUGUUGCUGCAUUACAGAUUGUACAAGAGCUGGAUAGAGUUGGACCUGUGAAUGUUUGGUUAGGUUCAUGCCCAGAGUGGCAUCUACCAGGACCCAAUGGCUCAUGUUACUGGUUCUAUCAUGAUGUCAACGAUACAUCUUGGUGGAUUUACCGUCGAGGAGCCUGUCAAGAUAGAGGCAGCGAUUUGUUGAUCAUUAACAGUCAGGAGGAAUUGAAUUACAUCUUGAACCACACAGAAACACUAGCACCUGGUCAAACAUGGUGGAUUGGUUACUAUGAUGUAUCUGUGGAAGGUACAUGGCGCUGGGUAGAUUGCAGCGAUACCAGUGACUGGCAGUCAACUCUAUGGAUACCAGGGCAACCAGCUCAGAGGAAAGAUUGUGGCAUUCUGUUAGGUGGUACAGGACAACUGAGUAGUGAAGUAUGCGAUGAGAAAUUCAACUUUAUUUGUGAAGUGUCACCAAAAGGUUCUGUUCAAGUCUAUGAUGGCAACGCCACUGAAGUUAUUCUUUCCUCUCUAACAACAAAUGUUUGGUGGCAAAUCUAUGUUGCUGGAAUGAACAUAGAGCAGGAGUUGGAUAAAGUUGGCCCCGCUGAAAUAUGGCUAGGUUCAUGCCCAGAGUGGCAUCUACCAGGACCCAAUGGCUCAUGUUACUGGUUCUAUCAUGAUGUCAACGAUACAUCUUGGUGGAUUUACCGUCGAGGAGCCUGUCAAGAUAGAGGCAGCGAUUUGUUGAUCAUUAACAAUCAGGAGGAAUUGAAUUACAUCUUGAACCAGACAGAAACACUAGCACCUGGUCAAACAUGGUGGAUUGGUUACUAUGAUGUAUCUGUGGAGGGUACUUGGCGCUGGGUAGAUUGCAGCGAUACCAGUGACUGGCAGUCAACUCUAUGGGUACCAGGGGAACCAGCUCAGAGGAAAGAUUGUGGCAUUCUGUUAGGUGGUACAGGACAACUGAGUAGUGAAGUAUGCGAUGAGAAAUUCAACUUUAUUUGUGAAGUGUCACCAAAAGGUUCUGUUCAAGUCUAUGAUGGCAACGCCACUGAAGUUAUUCUUUCCUCUCUAACAACAAAUGUUUGGUGGCAAAUCUAUGUUGCUGGAAUGAACAUAGAGCAGGAGUUGGAUAAAGUUGGCCCCGCUGAAAUAUGGCUAGGUCCCUGCCCAGGAUGGCAUUUACCUGGGCCCAAUGGGUCUUGCUACUGGUUCUAUCAUAAUGUUAACAACACAGGCUGGUGGUAUAGCAGAAGGAACAGUUGUCGUAACCAAGGCAGCGAUUUGCUCAUCAUUGACAAUCAGGAGGAAUUGGAUUACAUUUUGAACCAGACAGAAACACUAGCACCUGGUCAAACAUGGUGGAUUGGUUACUAUGAUGUAUCUGUGGAGGGUACUUGGCGCUGGGUAGAUUGCAGCGAUACCAGUGACUGGCAGUCAACUCUAUGGGUACCAGGGGAACCAGCUCAGAGGAAAGAUUGUGGCAUUCUGUUAGGUGGUACAGGACAACUGAGUAGUGAAGUAUGCGAUGAGAAAUUCAACUUUAUUUGUGAAGUGUCGCCAAAAGAUUUCACUGAAGAGGAGACCAAACCAACCAAAGUUGUUGCUGUUGCCAUGACACCUACAAGUGUUCAAGUGACUUGGGUCGUGUCAGUGUAUUCCUGUGAUAUCAUUGGUUACAGAGUGCAUUACUUCCAAACGUCAAAUAAAGACCUGAAAGAUUCAGUGACAAUCUAUGGAGGGGAUGCUAACAUGACAUUGCUGACAGACUUAGAGAUUGAUACAGAAUAUUCUAUUGGUGUUGCUGCCUUGAACACACGAGAAGAAUUGGAGCAAGUUGGACCGGUGAUUGUCACCACACCAUGGGGUUGCCCGGAGGAUUUUGAGGAAGGUCCAGGGGAACGUUCAUGCUUUGCCUUCUACAAUGACUAUGGUAGUUGGGACGUUGCUCGAAGAACCUGCGGAGAUGUCAAGAAUGGUGACUUGGCUAUUAUUGAUAGUCCACAGGAGUUAGAAUUUAUUCAGAAGAGGAUGGAGGAGGUCAACCCAGGUCAGAUGUGGUGGCUUGGCUAUAGUGACAUAUCCGUGGAAGGAGACUGGAGAUGGGUUGAUUGUCAGCCCACCGCUGAUUGGCAACAAUCUCUCUGGCCAUCAGAUGAACCUAGGUUUUCCGUAAAUGAUUGUGGGUACAUCCAGAAAGUUGGCAGUGCUAUGGAAAUACGCUCAGUGGUUUGUGAUGACAGGAUGUAUAUACUGUGUGAGAUUACUGACAAAGGUUUCAUUCCAGAAGAUGGAAAUGCUAGGAAUGUACGAGUUUCUCCUUUGACCCCAGCAAGCUUUGAGGUCAAGUGGGAUGGGUCUCCUACCAGCUGUGAUGUAAUUGGCUAUAGUAUCUAUUACAGCAAAGAGAAUACUUCAUCAUCAGAAGAGUUUACAACUGUGUAUGGUGGUGACAUCAGGACUGCCAAGAUUGAUGUUACCGCGGUAACGCAGGACACAGUUUACCUUGUCUAUGUGGCUGGUUUGAACUGGUUGAGUGUGUUGGAUCGUAUUGGUCCUGCCCGAGUUACCUUGACUCCUGAAUCAGAUAAUCGGGAGUAUAUCUCUGUGACAGGUGAUAGUGGAGACAUACAAUCCCCUGGCUGGCCCACAAGUUAUGAAAACAAUAAGGACAUCACUUGGACCAUUACUGUCUCCAAGCCUGGCCGUGUCCGCCUCACCAUCCUCUCUAUCCGUCUGGAUUCUAACGGAGACUACCUCACAGUUGGCUCUGGAGGGACGUCUGGACUGAAUGAGCUGGGACGUUACACUGGCUACCAGGAGAAUGUAGGAUAUCUAGAGAGCCAGUUUAAUCAGAUGUGGCUACGAUUCAUCACAGACUCCACCAAGACAGCUCAAGGAUUCUCCGUUGAAUUUGCGAAAGUGGAUGAUGGCACAGUGGAUGACUGUGGCAGAUCGUUUACAGAUAUUGCAAGUGGAUUCAUCAACUCACCUAAUUACCUGGAAGGCACGCCUUACCCCAACAAUCUUGACUGUGUUUGGAAGAUAAAACUACAAGAUCAGACAGCAUUGGUGAAACUGGACUUUAUCAACUUUGAUGUGGAAAGAGAUCAUGAUUUCUUGAUAAUUGGUUCGGGCUUGACUGUGAACGAGAACAUUCUGAAGUGGAUGACAGGAAAGCUUGACCCACCAAUCUCAAGCAUCGUCAGUCCAACCAAUGAGAUGUGGUUACGUUUCUUAUCAGAUGAGAGUCAAGGUAGCAGGGGAUUCAGGGCAGAGUUUACCUCCCAGGAGGGUAGCCCACCAACAACUCCAGUCUAUGAGACAGCUGAUACUCUUCUGUUUAUUGUCAAGAAUGAAAAUGUAGCAUGGUUUGAUGCUGUGAAUCAAGUUCAGCUUAAAUCCACCAUUGCUGAGGUGUUGAAUCGAUAUGAAAUACCAGCACAGCAAGAAAUCAAACAAAAGAUUCAGGGAAAUUUUGAUGCCUCUGAUGUGGUCUUUGUUCGUUUCUAUGACGUUGAUAGUGACCUCCACAUUGUGACCUGGGUACAUGAUGCUAGUUCCAUCGAUCCGAAGGUUCCUCUAAACCCGGAGAUGGUAAUCCAAGCCGUGACUGCUGAGAAAGAGUAUUUCCAAUCCAGUAUGGGCGAGUCCUUUGAGUAUGAGAUGAGAUUACCCACGACUCCUGUCCCUACAGUACCAACUUCAAGUCUACCAGACUGGGCUAUCGCCGUCAUUGCUGUGGGGUCACUCUCGAUACUUAUUGUGUUAGGCCUCUUCAUUUUUGGAUGUUCCAAAAUUGGUGGUGACCAUAGCAGUCUGAAAAAAGAAGUCCAGAUUCAACUCGGGGAUGAAAACGGAAGUUUCAGACCAACAUCAUUUGGAUCAGAUGGUACUUGGAAUCCAGCUUUCCAUUCUAUCAUGGAUGAAUCUGAAGAAUUGGCAAGUGAUACAGGACUGUGAAAAAGACAGCAUUUCAAAUCAGGCACAGAACGUGCUGAUGAUGGAUGACUUAAAGAUCUAACUUCUUUGCAGAGGUUGUGUAGAUGGCAUAGUUAUACGUUUUUUAAUAUUUUAAACAAUGCAUGAAUGGAUAUGUCAACACUGUCAAAGUUUUGUCUUCCAUAAAUGUGGAAAUGUUCAACUUGUUGUCCUGGCAAAACUCAAUUCAAAAUGGCAACUUUAGUUGAAAUGAUAGUCAAACAAAUGCCUGUUUUGUAGUACAGGCAUAUCUGAGGAGACCCCAUUUCUGCGAGGUCAUUACACACACGUUUUAUCUUGAGCACGUACAUGACUGCAUUUUGAGAAGUCACAACACCUGAGAGAAACGGUCCGAGAUUGCCCCACUGUAAUAGUCUCUAAUUCUAGUUGCUUAAGUAGUCUUUUGCAUGCUCAUUGUGGAUUUUUAAAGUUGAGGUUUGGAUUUAUUUCCAACAUUGAUGAAAUGGGAGAAAUGUCUAUUGUUCGGCUGUUAAGGCCAACCGCCAUUGUAAAGUUGUAAAAUGUCGAGGUUUAGAAAUUUAAAAAUUUAACUGAGGGAAUGGCUCUCUGAAAGCUCAGGAAGUUUUGCUCAAAGUGUUUUGAUAUUUUAAUACGAAAUGCUAUGCAAGAAUUGAUCAUUAAAGAAAUGGUAUUAACACUGAAUAAGUACUCAUGUAGCAACUGCUUGAAUGCAUCCCAUGGACAUUAGCAGCAAUGUGUAAACCAGUAUCCAACUUGUAGUUUGGUUAAUUUGGAACUGUAGAAAAGGUAGUUUAAUCCUGGAAGAUUAACAACCUGUAAAUACAAUCACUGGCUUAGUCACUGCAGUUGCAUUUUGUUUUGUCAUUAGGCUUAAUAAAUCAUUCUUUUCAACUUAGGAAAUGCAUAAUCCAUUUUAUCUACAUGUAGUUCCUGGGUUUUUUUUACAAAUAUGAAGGGAUAAACACCAAUUGUUUUUAUCAAUUAAUUUUCAAGUAUUGCGGAAAAAUAUAUAUGUACAUGUACUUUCAGUUCAGAAAGUUAAGAAAUAAUCAGAAAUAUUUCAAAAAAAUUCUUUUAUGAAACUAAGGCUUACAGCUGGUACAACAGAUUUUCAUGGAAAUUGUAACAAACGUCAACGUCUACCAAAUGUGGCACAAUUAACCCCUUGCAAAACCAUUUUCUUGAAAAUCUCAGUUUUGGAAAAAACAGUCAAGUCAACCCCUCAUUAUACUUAAUCAGGAAAUUGUCAAAAUUGUCCACUUUUGAGACAUCAGCAAAGUUGAACACAAACAUGUCUACUUUUGACGACAUCAGCAAGGUUGAACAGUGUUCGGGGGAAAUGGUCAAGAAGUCAGUUUCUGAUGGAAAUAAGAAUCCUCCUCCUAGGAAGAGACUUGGU